AUGGAAGAAGAAGCAGAGAUAUACGAUGGAAUGAGGGCUCAUUUCCCUCUCACAUUCGGGAAGCAGUCAAAAUCCCAAACCCCACUCGAAGUCAUUCACAACGCCACUCGACGUGGCCCCUCGAAAGAGAAAGACCUCAACACCAUUAAAGCUAAACCCGAUUUACCUUCUCUAUCCUCUUCCUCCAAGUCCUGGCUCCAGUCUCUUCGUAAACCUAACCCUAAUUCUACCCCGUCUGGAGAUGAACCGUCGAUUGAGCCAUCCCGUCCACUGCAGAAAUCGGAGGACGAGGAUGAUGGGGUUAUGGUGGGACCACCGCCUCCGCCGGCGGGGGGAGGUUCCGAAGAUGGUGACGAGGACGAAGACGACGACGGUGUAAUGAUUGGGCCCCCGCCACCUCCAGUGUGGUCUACGAUGGAUGAUUCUGAUGAGGAGGAGAAUAUGUACCGAAUCCCUAUGAGUAAUGAGAUUAUUCUCAAAGGCCACACUAAGAUUGUUUCAGCCCUUGCCGUUGAUCACUCUGGCUCCAGAGUUCUUUCUGGUAGUUAUGACUACACUGUACGUAUGUAUGACUUUCAAGGGAUGAAUUCUCGUUUGCAAUCGUUUAGGCAGCUUGAACCUUUUGAGGGCCACCAAGUUCGCAACUUGAGCUGGAGUCCCACAUCUGACCGAUUUUUGUGUGUUACUGGCUCUGCUCAAGCUAAGAUUUAUGACCGUGACGGUCUUACUCUAGGUGAGUUUGUAAAGGGGGACAUGUAUAUUCGUGAUCUAAAGAACACUAAGGGCCACAUAUCUGGGUUGACUUGCGGAGAGUGGCACCCUAAGGCUAAGGAGACUAUAUUGACAUCCUCAGAAGAUGGAUCAUUGCGCAUAUGGGAUGUAAAUGACUUUAAAAGCCAAAAGCAGGUAAUAAAACCAAAACUUGCAAGGCCUGGAAGGGUUCCAGUUACCACCUGUGCUUGGGACCGUGAAGGAAAAUGCAUUGCAGGUGGAAUAGGAGAUGGUUCUAUUCAGAUAUGGAACCUUAAACCAGGAUGGGGAAGCAGACCAGAUAUGCAUGUUGAGAAAAGCCAUGCUGAUGAUAUUACUGCUCUUAAGUUCUCCAGUGAUGGCAGAAUUCUUCUUUCAAGAAGCUUUGACGAUUCACUAAAGAUAUGGGAUUUGCGCCAAAUGAAAGAAGCUCUUAAGGUGUUUGAUGAUCUCCCAAAUCACUACGCCCAAACCAAUAUUGUGUUUAGUCCCGAUGAGCAAAUUUUCUUGACUGGAACAUCUGUUGAAAGGGAGAGCACAACUGGAGGAUUGCUAUGCUUUUAUGAUCGGACUAAACUUGAACUUGUUUCAAGAAUUGGGAUUUCCCCGACUUGUAGUGUUGUGCAGUGUGGUUGGCACCCAAGGCUGAAUCAGAUUUUUGCAACAUCUGGGGAUAAAAGCAGUGGAGGAACUCAUAUAUUAUAUGACCCAACUCUCAGUGAGAGAGGAGCUCUAGUUUGUGUUGCACGUGCACCAAGGAAGAAAUCAAUUGAUGAUUACGAGGCUCCACUUGUGAUCCACAAUCCUCAUGCAUUACCUCUAUUUAGAGAUCACCCAAGCCGAAAGCGUCAAAGAGAGAAAAUAUUGAAGGAUCCAAUCAAGUCUCACAAGCCUGAUCUCCCCAUAACAGGACCAGGCCAUGGUGGAAGACUUGGUACAAGCAAUGGAAGCUUGUUGACCCAAUACCUUCUCAAGCAAGGUGGAAUGAUAAAGGAAACAUGGAUGGAAGAAGAUCCAAGAGAAGCUAUACUUAAAUAUGCUGAUGUUGCCUCAAAGGACCCAAAGUACAUUGCUCCAGCAUAUGCCCAAACACAACCUGAACCAGUUUUUCAACAUUCUGAUUCUGAAGAUGAAGAAAAAUGAUUGGGACUUGUUUCUCGGCUACUAAGCAGUGGACAUAUGCUGUCUUAAAUCUGUGACCCACAGAUCAUACAGAGUCUGACUUGAAAGUGAAUCUGCGGAAGGCCAUGGACUAACAUGGAAUUGCUGCAGGUAUAUCCUCUUCAGAUACUAGGCACAUGAGUACUGCUCUUAGACUUUAUGAUUGGUCAUCUUCGGUACAAUAUCCCUGAUAUAUGCUUUGAGAAGAACUAUUUAGAUUUAUACCUAGUUUUUGGAGAAAAAGAAAAUACCAUGUAUUACUAUUUCUUUCUUCGCGGACUUGUGUGCUUGUACCAUGAUUCCAGGUGACAGCACCUUUAUUGUUGAAGGUGAGUUAAUUAUUUGUUUGGGAUUCUACGGAUAGAUAUUAGCAAUGGUAAGGUACCCAGUGGAUUGGUCGAUCAACCUUGUAGCUGUUUCAAGUAUAUAUUUAUGUACAUAGCCGUGAAGCGAUGCAAAGACCUUCACAUGCACUGGAUAUAACUACUUAUUCAUCUGAUGAUAGUAAUUUGAUUAGGAUAUUGUGUCAGAUAAAUCAUCAACGGGUGUAUAUUACAAUUUUCUUUACUCAGCAUUGUUUAGGAUUGUUCAUGACUGAAAUAAGGCAGGGAUCUUGCGGACUUGGAUUUUUUUCAUAACAGAACCAUAUAUUCUUGACU